AUGGAUUCGCCAACCUCGUCGAAGAAGCGCAAGGCCAGCACUGGCGCCGACACUGAGCCGGAUCAGAAAAUGGGCGAGGAAGCCAUGCCGGCUGAGCUCAUCUCCGCCGGGUCCCAACAUCUACAUCGGAAACUCGGUGGCAAGGAGAUCCAGCUCUUUGCCGUGGGAGGUGCUAUCGGAACAUCUCUCUAUGUGCAGAUGGGAGCUUCUCUCCCCAAAGGUGGACCGGCUGGGCUCUUCCUUGGCUUUGUUCUAUACGGAAGCAUCGUAUUGGCUGUCAACCAAUGUUUCGCUGAAAUGGUCACCUAUCUCCCCAUUCCCUCUCCUUUUGUCCGGCUGGCGGGUUUCUGGGUGGAUGAUGCCUUGAGCUUUGCCAUGGGAUGGAACUACUUCUUCCUGAUGGCAUUCAAUAUCCCCUACGAGAUCACUGCUAUCCAUGUUCUCCUCGGUUAUUGGACCGACAAAGUCCCCGUCGCUGUCGUGGUAGUCGUCUGUCUGGUGAUAUAUGCCGUGCUCAAUGGCGUCACGGUGAAAUAUUUCGGCAUCUCCGAGUUCUAUCUAUCCAUUUUCAAGAUCUUCCUUAUGCUGGGAUUGAUGAUGUACACCUUUGUCACCAUGGUAGGCGGCAACCCGCGCCAUGAUGCAUACGGCUUUCGCUACUGGAACAAUCCGGGGGCGUUUGUCGAGUAUCUGGUGCCUGGAGACACCGGUCGUUUCCUUGGGCUGUUGUCCUGCAUGAUCCAGGGCUCUUUCACGUGCGUCUCUGCGUCCUAUUUCGUAUGGAACCACACUGACUCGGCGAUUAGCAUGGUCGGACCCGAAUUCAUCUCCAUGGCCGCUGGUGAAGCCGAAAACCCCCGCCGACUGAUGGGACGAGCCUUCCGGUCUUUCGUGUGGCGCCUGAUGUUCUUCUUCAUCGGCGGUGCGCUCUGCGUGGGAAUUGUCAUUCCCUACAAUGAUCCGAUGCUUGCUGAAGCCAUCUCCGGCGACCAAAGCGGCACUGGUGCGGCGUGA